GUUUAAUUUCAGUCACUGGUCAUGAAUGAUUGAUUGAUGACCAAGACGGUUCAUUGCACUACACCAAAAUAUCAUUUUGAAAGGUCAAAAUUGAAGUCUCAAAUUAUUUCCACGCAUGCACACAAUGUGUGUGUGUAUAAUAACCAGAUCCAUUUUCAACCUCAACAUCUUAAUAAGAACAUGGCAAUCAAAUUCUGACCCUUGGUGCAGUGUGUGGUGGCAGUGGCUGUAUUCGUGGUGAUAGGGUUACUGGGUGGAAUAGUUGAAGGGGUUGUGUUAUGCAAUACAGACACAACGAAGCUGAGCUUGUGUUGUCCAGCAGUCACCGGCCAGCACCUGCCGUCGCCAACAGAGGCAUGUUGCGCGGUUGCCGGCAUGCUGAUCUGGCGUGCCUUUGCAAGUACAAGUCUGUGCUUCCUGCACUUGGGAUUGACCCCAACAAGACCAUCGCUUUGCCUGCAAAGUGUGGUGUCACCGCUCCUCCACAAUGCAAAGGGAAUUGAAGGUCUUUUAGAUCAUAUUUAUCAUAUGCAUCGUCUUAAACAGCCUGCCCUUAAAUAAAUAAAUACCAUUAAUUUGUAUUGUGACUUAGUUUAUUUGUUACAGGGUAAGAUGUCUGAUCUGAUGUAAUGUGAUUCUUAUGUUUGUAAAAUUAAUUUGCAUUGCCACUUGAUAUAUGUACUGCAAAAGGUCUUGAUAUGCAUAUUCUGUUCACCAAGAGAUAUAAUGAUAUCAAAACAAUUAUUUUUUC